UAUAAACUUUACCAUCAAUGGUGGUUUACUACGGAGUUUAUUGUUUCUAAAAGUAUGCUGUCACGGAGAACGAUGUCUUGGGAAAAAACGACUUUUCUCUGGCUCAUCUUCUGUGCCACAUGCCAGAUAACCUGCUUAAAAAUAAUGCUUGUGGGUCGUAACCUGAGUGUUUAUUCAGGAGACACAGGCUGUCCAGCUGUACAACUGACGUGCCGACCACACACCGAUACACUGACAGAUAACUUUUGCGUGAUGAAUGUGAACCAAGAAGCAUCUUCACUGGGAAACUGCACAACAGAAUCUGGCGACACAUUUCAUUUCGGCAUAACAAACAACGGGAGUGAAUAUGAAGUAAUGAUGAAUGAGACCGUGAGGGACGUCACACUGUUGUUCCUGCCAGAUCAGCUGCUUCUGCCAUCAAACGUUUAUCAGAAUUUCGGUUACUCGCGCCGAUCUUUUAUCUGCCUGCUUGAUCUUGGAGGUAUUUUGAAUGUCAAAUAUUAUCUUGUUGAUCCUCAGGAGACCUGUUAUGUGGCGCCCUACAACUCUUCUGCAUGCGACGGAAAAAAAGAAAGCAAAUACAUACUGCAGGUCAGUGGUAGGCCUACUCAAGCAAGGUGUGUGACCUGCAUCAAACCAUCACCAAUCAUCAUUUCCUCAGAAGCUUCAGUGAUGAUGAAGAACCUCGAGAACAUCGCAAACAAGAUGGAACAAAAGAGAGAAGCUACUAUAAAGAUUGUCAUGGGAGAAGUUAAGGGUCUCGUGUACAGACAUGACAGGAACACAGAACACAUCAUCAUAUUCUCAUCACAUCAGGAUGAGAUGCAUGUUACCGAUGCACAAAAUAUCGAGCAGAUACACUAUUCCUGGUAUGUGAAAAUCUCAGCAGAGGCAUUCAAAAAAUCCCGUCUGGAAAACAACGGAAGCGCAUUUGUUGGAGUUCUUCAGUUCAAAAACAUUGUCGCCAAUGACAAAGAUAAAAAUCUCAAUGUUCUGAAUAAUGAGGUUUAUGGAAUAUCAAUGGGUGCCAGUAUCUCGAAUCUUACUGACAAAAUCGAGAUAUUCAUCAGAGCGAGAAAUCUGGAUGGUAAGGAGGUCUAUUGCAAUUCCUGGAAUGGCAAAGGAAACCUGAUGUGGACGACGUUCGGCUGUGAGACAGAAUUUAACACGACCAUCAUCAAGUGCUCAUGUUCACAUCUGACGUUCUUCGCUGUGCUGACGACAGGGCCCAAUUCAGUCACAUCCACACUGAGUUUUUAUAUUGGCUUCGCUUUAAUCGUGUUUCUUCUAUUGGUCUUUCUGUUCACGUUUGUCCCGUUUCGGAAAAUCCGACGGAACCAGACAACGAUGAUUGCGAUGGAUUCUCAAGUCUGCAGGUCAAGUUGCAAUUAAGUCACAAAAAGAAUGAGACUCUCGACAUGUCAGCAACAUCUGACUCGAGACCUGUCUUGGACUUGAACAAAGAGACUGAAAAACAUCAAACGUCAUUUGUUUUUCAUUGAUUCAUUACUGCUGUCGCUAUUAAAAUGACACCUGAAAAUGAAUGACCAUUUUUGAUUGCAUCAAUACAUUAGCUCUAUAAUUAACUUAUAUUUUGCAUAGGAUUCAUCCUAAAUGUUUAAAAUUUGAAUCAUUCUUUAUACAGUCAGGCUUCGAUAAUCAUUCAUAUAUAUGAUUCAUUGUAUGUUCUUUGCUCGCGCUUUCAUAAACGUUUAAAUAACUGUUUUGUUUUUCAUGCUACCUUCGAGAACCGAUAAUGUCUUGAUUUACUAAUACAUAGAGCAUCAAUAAAAUCAUUAAAAAACA